AUGGCCGGAGGAAAGUCGCACGGCUUGGCGAGCAUAUCAGCUAUAACAGUCACGACGGGUUUGGUCAAGGUACUCACAGCGACAGAGGACGUGAAAGGGAGAAGGUCCACGACAGUGCAGCAGCGUCCCCAAAACAGCAGCGGCAAGACCACGACAGGGCAGCGGCGACAGAGACAGACAGCAGCAGACAGACAGCAGCACCGACAGGAGAACACCACCGACAGGAGAGCAGCACAGCGACCGCACAAGGUGCCGAUGACAACGACAGAUAGCAACAGACAGCAACAACAGCAACUACAGCAACAGACAGACCGACAGAGCAGCAGAGCAAUGGGAUUGGAGAACCUCAGCAAAGAAUGCGAGCGAGGGAACAGAUGUUCGAAUCCGGCUUGA